AUGUGUUUCAUUUAUUUGAUCCAUAUUUUGACUGUAUUUUCAUACGAAUUAACUCUCAAAAAUCUCAAGACGAAUUGUAUGACUGAUUUUGUUGCAGUGAACAUGGACUCAAGUGAAAUUACAAUUUCUAUUAUUUCUGAGUGUUAUAAACAAAUUCCAAAUUACAAACAUGAUAUUGUUGCCUUUAAUUUGAAAGCUAUUUGUUAUGUCAGUCCUUCAAAGUUCUUCAUCCACAAAGACAGUUUGAAUGUGACUCGCUGUGGUGAAUGGUUGAGUGUGACUGGUCCGAGUCAGAAAAGUGUUCAUUGUAUGGUAGUUGGGUCUGCGACCAUGUUCUAUCAAAACCAAAACCUUGAGCAGAAUGGUGAAAACAUUAUUGGACUCAAAGCCAAACUUUUUAUGCUUGGGAGUUCUCAAUUAACAUAUGUAAAAGAUUCCGUAUACCAAGCGACUGUAGCUAUAUGUGAUUAUUUAAUUCAAGUCUCUCCAAGUGUGUUAGUCCUCAAUGUCACUGCAAAAGACGUGAUGGUACAAGUGUAUGACGUUAACAGACCUGUUGAGUUUAUUGAAAUGAGUCAAACGAUGUAUCCCAAAAGAGACGACGACACUUUUAUUAUAGAUCGGCCUUUGAAUCCAACUGACUUUAAAUUGGUGUCUUUAGACUCUGAAAAAGUAGGGAUGCCGACGGUCUACGAACAAGUGGGAUACAAAGCAACUGGCACGACAUCCUUCCCGCAUUAUAUAAUGAGCGACUGUAAGUUUAUAGCGUCGACUCUUUUAUAUUCAAAAGAGAGUGAAAAGGUUAAUCCGCUCCUGACUUGGUAUCAAUUCAAAGUGAAUAGUGUUUUUAAGGCUGAAAUGCUGAAUUUGUCAAACCCAAUGAUUACGACCAAUAAAGGUGAUGGCGAUGUCAUGUUAUCGUUUAUAUACGGUUCCGCGUUUUUCAUGUCACAAGAGUACACACAACUCCGGUGUGAAUUCAUAACGGACUUUCAGUUCGAAAUUGUCGAUGUCAAAUUACUCCUCAUUAAGAAUAUAGAAAAGGCUUCGGGAACGGAUGGCAUUCUUGUUAUACGAGAUAACCUCAAGUAUCAAUAUAAACAAGUCAACAACACCGUCUCGCUAUCAAUCGCGAUGGACAAGACAUGCAAGGAGUUUUCUAACGGAAUAUCAAUUCGCUAUAAAAGUGCGCCCGGAGAUGUUUUGAAGAUUAAAAAAGCUUCCUUUGACCCCAUCCAAGAGAUGCUUAAAUUGCAUCAAUGCGAUCAAAGCUCUUUUGAUUGUUCUAAUACAGAGUGCACGGUCGAUGAAAAGUCGCUGGACGUUGGAAUGAACAGAUGGAAAGAUGGAUGUGCACCAAUUUGUGGGCGGUGUCGAGACGGGUUUGUUUGCACCACAAUGGGAAAAUGUGUUGUUGAAGCAAAUAACAAUUUGAGAAGCCAUUCUAUUUGUACUCAAGUCGUCUUAUUCCUUUUAGUGGUGUUUCUCUUGUGA